AAGAUCUUUCAGUUGCAAAAGUGUAGCAAGAGCGUGUACAACGCUUUUCGGACUAAACAUCCGCCAAUAUUCGAAACUCUUGGUGUUUAAAGAAGAAAAAAAAGAGAACAAAAAAUAGAAUACUACCAAGAAAGUGAAGUUAUUUAUAAAAAAACCACUCGGUUUUCAUAUAAACAGAUACACAUAGAUAUACAAUUGCUUUUAGCUUAAACCGAAAAAGGAAAAUAAAAAUACACACAUACUUACAAUAGCAAACAGCAACAAUUUUGCAAAAAGAAAAAAGAAAUUUUAAAGAAUAAUGCAGUGAAUAAGUGAGAAGCAUUUUAAAACCGAAAAAAUUCUCCAAAAAGAAUUUUAUCCUUUGUGAAGCGAGUUAAUUAAGAAAAAAAGAAGAAACUAAAAUGUUGAUAACAAAAAUGAAAACUGCCACACAAUUGUGGUGCGUUUCCGCUUUACUACUUCUAAGUAUUUCCUGUACUUCCGGUCACAUUUUGGAUAGUCUGCACAUCAAUGAAUUGUACACCCCCGAUAGUGGCAGCCAGGAUUCCGUUUUAACACUGGCCAAGGGAGAUGCUGAAUUUCUUGUUUGGCAUUUGGACAAUCCCAUCAGCUUUUAUAGUGAAAAAUAUGAUCAGUUAUAUAUCAAUACGAAUGGCAUUUUGACAUUUAAUAUUGAAUUUCCGGAAUACAUCAAUCAACCAUUUCCCUUUGAGUACCCUUCAAUAGCUGGUUUCUAUUCGAAUGUGGAUACGUCGGGUGGUAAUGAGUCAACAUCGAUUACCAUUUUCAGUACUCAGGAUCCUGAGCAACUGCAAAAGGUCAGUGAACUGGUGCGUUAUGCCUACGAUGAGAAAGCAGAUUUUGAGGCUACGGAAGUAAUUGUGGCCACUUGGAAAAAUGUGGGCUACUAUGAAUCGAAAACCGAUCAACUGAAUACUUUCCAGAUUGCCUUGAUUGUGGACGAUGAAGACACCUUUGUGCAAUUCAUUUAUCCUUCGGGCGGCCUUAACUGGUUGCAGGGAGAAAAUGGUCCUUUGGGCUUGCCCGAUAUUCGGGCUCAAGCUGGUUUUGUAGCAGAAGAUGGCCGAUCCUUUGAUCUCGAAGGUUCGGGUACUGAGAAUGCUCGUUUUCUUGCCGACAAGUCCAAUGUUGGCAUUGCUGGUGUUUGGCUUUAUCGUGUUGGUCCCCUUGAUUAUGAAGAAAAUGUGAAAGGACCCACCAAUGAGGAGACUUUUACUGAAUCCCCCACCGUCUCGCAAACCUGCUCGGAGGCUGGACAUAGGGUUUGCAAUAAAAAUGCCGUUUGUGUUGAUAAGUUCGAAGGCUAUUGCUGCGUGUGCAAUUCAGGAUUCUAUGGCAACGGUGCUGUCUGCAUUAAGGAUGAUUUGCCUGUUCGUGUUACAGGUUCGCUCAUGGGUGAAAUCAAUGGAGAGACCAUCAACGAUGGCUCUAAAUUACAGUCUUAUGUGGUGACUGCCGAAGGUCGCAGUUAUACCGCAGUCACUCCCAUAACCACCGAAUUGGGCUCGAACUUACGCUUGGCCUUGCCCUUGGUUACCUCUAUUGGUUGGUUGUUUGCCAAGCCUUUGAAUAACACACAAAACGGUUAUCAACUGACCGGAGGUGAAUUUGUCCAUACCUCCAAAAUGAGUUUUGAAACUGGCGAGGUUUUGCUCAUCAAUCAAACGUAUGAGGGCCUCAACUACUGGGAUCAGUUGUCCUUGAAAAUCGAAUUACAUGGUCAAGUGCCUGCCAUUAAACCCUCGCUUAAGUUACACAUGGCCGAGUAUACCGAGGAGUAUGAAUUUGUCUCUGAAAAUGAAUUGCAUUCCCUACAAGCCCACACCGUGGAGAUACCCGAAGAAAAUCGAGUGUUAAACUUCCAAUUGGAGCAGAACAUCAAUUUCGAGCGUUGUUGGGUGAAUGAGCAUAGCAAAUAUGAGAUUGUUGGCACCACCUAUUUGCAAAAGAUCUCCAAGAUUAUGUUGGACUUCUUUGAGAGGGAUCAGGCCUUGCGUACCAGUAUUUUGACAGUGGCUGGUGUAAGUGCUGCCUCGAAUGCCUGCACCGAUGGCACUGCUGUGUGUGGUGAAAACAUGGUCUGCAUACCCUAUGAUGACACCUACCGUUGUGAUUGCAUUCAUGGCUAUGGACCUCAGGUAACCGAGACAGGCGCUGAGAUCUGUGUGGAUAUUGAUGAGUGUGCCUUGGGCACUCAUGUCUGUGAUGAUAAUGCCCUGUGCACCAAUAAUGAGGGUGGUUUCAACUGUGUCUGCUUUGAUGGCUAUCAGGGUAAUGGUUAUCGUUGCUUGAUCAAUGGCACAGUGGCAGAUAAUAUUGAAGCUCCUAUGGGUGGUGGUGGUCAUAAUAUUGGAACACCUGUAUAUGUAAUGCCAGGCGAAGAACAUACCGACGAAAGGGAGCAGACCACCGGCCAGGAGCACUAUAUGCCACCCAUGCAAUAUCCCUCUACCACACCGAUGAGUUCGUAUAAUCCUUAUAAUGCGGAUGAUUGUUUCCACUGUUCCCCCUACGCCGAUUGUUGGGAAGGCAAAUGUGUGUGUCGUGAAGGAUUUAAUGGUGAUGGUUUCUAUUGUGCCAGCAAUUGUGCCUUGGAUGAGGUUUGGGAAGAUGGCAAAUGUGUAAAACUGUCCUAUGAGGAGCCUGACAUUGAGCCACGUUGCAAUUUCUUUGGCGACUGUGUAUGUGAUGAUGGUUAUGAGUUGAUGAGUGAUGUCCAAAUGUGUCGUUGGGUGGGUCAUUUCAAUGGUGAAUCAAAGACUGAUGAUUUUGUUCCUUGCGAUGUUGAAUUCAAUUGCCAUGUCAACGCCACCUGUGAAUGGUUCCCCAUGGAGUUGAGACAUGUUUGCACCUGUAAGUCAGGCUACUAUGGUGAUGGUUAUAAUUGUGCUGUUAUUGAUGAAUCCUGUGCUGUGAAACCCGAAAUCUGUGAUCCCCAAGCCGAAUGCAAUUACAAUGAUGCCCUGGGUCGUUCUCAGUGCCAGUGUAAACGCGGCUAUGAGGGUGAUGGUUUCCGUUGUGCCUUGGCCCCCGAAUGUGUGGAGGAUUUGGAUUGUGGCCAAAAUGCUUUCUGUGAUCAUGAUGUUUGCCAAUGCUUGCAGGGCUAUGAACGUGAUAUGUCCGAUAUGUGCGUAUUGGCUGGCAGCUGCGGGGCCGUUUUCUGCGGAGCCAAUGCCAUUUGUAAAUUUGACCAUGAUCAGGGAGUUAAAUACUGUGAUUGCAUGGAUGGCUAUGAGGGUGACGCUUCCAUUGGUUGCAAGAGCAAACCAAUGCCUUGCAAUGUUCAGUAUAAUUGUGGCGUCCAUGCCAGCUGUGAGCCCACUGAAGAUCCUGCCUAUUAUGAGUGCCAGUGCCAUGCUGGCUUUAAUGGUGAUGGCUAUGUUUGUAUUGAGGAUCAGAAUUGUUUGAAUACCCCACAACUGUGUGACAUGAAUGCCCAGUGUUUGUCCACCAACAAUGGCUUGGUGUGUGUGUGCAAUAAGGGCUUCUAUGGCAAUGGCUCGUUGUGCAUGGAACGUAAGCAACAUGAUUCCGGUUUCUUGUUGGUCUCCCAGGGUGUUGUCAUUGUGCGCGUUCCUUUGAAUGGUAAAAAUGUGCGACCCAUAUCAGUAGCCUCCAUGGCCAUUGGUUUGGAUAAAGACUGUGUGGAAGGUCGCAUCUAUUGGGGUGAUAUCUCAACCAAGAAGAUAAUCAGUGCCAAAUACGAUGGCAGCGAUGUAAAGACCUUCAUUUCCGAAGAUGUGGAAUCACCUGAAGGCAUUGCCAUUGAUGCCAUAUCGAGACGCAUCUACUGGACUGACUCGGUAAAGGAUACCAUAGAGGUGGCCAGCUUGGAUGAUCCUAGCCUAAGGUCGAUUUUGGUUAGCAAGAAUUUGGUAAAUCCUAGAGGCAUUGCUGUGGAUCCCUACAGAGAAAAAUUAUACUGGUCCGAUUGGAAUCGCGAAUCUCCCAAAAUUGAAAUGUCCGAUUUGGAUGGUACCGGUCGUGAAAUGUUGAUGGACAAACAAGGCGUUACUUUGCCCAACUCUUUGGUGGUCUUGGAACGCUCUGGUGAACUUUGCUUUGCUGAUGCCGGCACCAAGAAAGUCGAGUGCAUUGAUCCCUAUUCCAAAAAGUUGCGCACCAUUUCCAACGAACUGAGCUAUCCAUUUGGUUUGGUGUUUACCCAGGAUCAAUUCUAUUGGACCGAUUGGACCACCAAAAAACUCGAAAGCGUUGACAACAUGGGCCUACGUCAACAGAGCAUGCAAAUUCCCUUCUUUGGCAGCCAUAAAAUGUAUGCCAUGACUUCGGUGGAGGACACCUGCUCACAAAUGGACAGUCCCUGUCAAAUCAAUAAUGGCGGCUGUUCGGAUUCUCGCCUCUGCCUGGUCAAUCGCAAGGCCCCAUCGGGUAAGAGCUGUAAGUGCACAGCUCUCUCAAAGUUGUGCAAUGUUCCCAAUCCCUUCAACAACAUGUAAAAGUACUUAAGUGAGAAUUCAUUGAAGAGUGAAGGAAGCAUAUACAGGACCGAAGUCAAGUCAAGUUUAAUUCAUUCGUAAUUUAUGUGUAAAACAUAAUUUGUUAAAAGAAAUUCAUUUGUAAUUGUAUUUUAUUAUUUUAAUUCUAUGGAUUUUAUUCCGCACUUACCAAAGAGAGAAACUACGAUCAUUAAAAAAAAAACAUAUUGGUGACAAAAUUUGAUAAAUUGUGCCAUAUCAUCAACUUUUUUACUGCAAUAAUAAAUUAAAUAAUUUAAAUAAAA